CCCAUCCCUGCCAGAAACUCGGCCCCCUUCGCGCAUGCGCUCUAUAGUCAUCACAGUAUGAGGAGUGCAGAGAACAAGUAACGUCAGAGAUGAAGACGCCUCCAGACCGAUCAGGCAUCACAUUUGAAGUCGGAGCCAAGCUAGAAGCUCGAGACCGCCACAAGAACUGGUACACGGCCACCAUUGAGAAGAUUGAUUAUGACAAAGAGCGGGUCCUGAUCCACUACCUGCAGUGGAGCCGUCGCCAUGACGAGUGGUUUCAGUGGAACUCGCCGUACCUGCGGCCGAAGGAGCGAGUCAGCCUGAGGAGGCAGGGCCUGAAUCCAACGCGAUCACAGCCGACGUUUGUUUCAGGCUCAAAGGUUCUGGCCUGUUGGACCGACUGUCGUUUCUACCCGGCCAAAAUCCUCCGCGUCAACAAGGACGACUCCUACACAGUGCGGUUCUAUGAUGGCGUGGUUCGGACUGUGAAGCCCACCAAAGUCAAACCUUUCCAGGAAAAAUCCAGAUCUGAGAAAAGUGCUGUGGGGAGCGAGGGAUGGGAGGAGGGUGAGAGUGAGGAGGAGGAAGGAGGAGAAGGACAGGAAGAAGAGGAGGAGGAGGAGGAGGAGGAGAAAAAGGAGGAAGAGGAGGCAGAUGAGAAGGUGACAACAGAAGAGACUGAUGCAGAUUUGGAGAGGGAGGAGGACAGGAAGAGGAAGGCAGAGCCUUCAUCCUCAAAUCCACCUGCCAAGAAGAAAACAGAUGACAGCAGAAGCAGUGGAACUCAGAAUCAGCCAAUCACAGCUGACUCCACCCCCCCAGCCUCAGCAGCACUUAACCCUGCCCACAUAGACAGAGAUGUCCUGCUGGAGCGUCAGGCUCACCUUCCCACCACACACAAGUUCAGCAGAGAACCAUUGUACAGGGUGAUAAAGAACCAGCCUCCACCCAUCCUCUCCAUUGAGCUGGACCACAACCCCUUCAAGUGCCCUGCUCCCGGGUGCACCAAGUCAUUCAGGAAGGCGAGCCUGCUGCACUACCACAUCAAGUACUACCACUCCGACCAGCAGCUGGAGGAGCAAAGCAGCGCGGAGGAGGCCGUGAGGUCGGUUUGUGUCCCACGGAUUAGAUACGGUUUCUGCAGCAGCGACGAUGAGAGCUCAGACAGACCUCCGAUCACUCUGAAGCUCUCAACUGAACAUCACAACACACACAUGCAAGCCGACGACGGCAGCGAUUGGUCAACGCUGACAGCAGAGAGCGGAGAGGACACGCCCUCCUGGCCUGUUGGCACGGAGACGGAGGAGUGUGAGGUGGUGAGGUGUGUGUGCGAGGUGGACGAGGAGAAUGACUUCAUGAUCCAGCUAACUGGUUGGAAAAGGACGGAGCCAUGUGACUUAUGUUUGUACCUCAGUGAGUGUGUGAGGCUUCGACGUCACGAGUCCACAGCUCAGGCUGAAGCCGUUUUCAGAGACCUGCUGGCUCUAUGUGGGUUCCUGUGUGGUGCUUGUGCUUCUCCUCUCAUCUUGUUUUCAUCUGUAAUCCUCAUUGGUCCAGGUUGGCGGUGUGCUCAGCGUUUCCGGUCUGAGCCCGACUUGUUGAAAUCCGGUCACAUGUUUGGCCUGUCGUGUGUGAAGGAGAACUACUCCGAGGUCAACGCCUCCAAGAUCUCACACACCAGCCACCUGCUGGCGCACACGUACGGCAUCAGCCAGGUCCUCAGCGCCCUGCAGCUCAAAAUCAGCCUGCUGCGCUCGCCGUCCCACCCCGACCAGCAGCUGUGGAGGUCACCGUGGAAGCAGGAGGAGAGGCACAGACUGACGUCCAGCCCGAGAGGAGAGCCGCCCGUCUGCUACGUCAGCAGCGAGCACUGCUAUCAGAAGCCCGGAGCAUCAUGGGAAAAAGGAGAGGAGCAGGAGAAAGAGAGGCCGAUGGUGACGGUGAAGCAAGAGCGCAGCGGCGAGGAGAAGGAAAUAAAACCUGAAGAUGUCAACAGGAGCGCAGCUCAUACCGCCCAGGCGCACACUCGGACGUGCGCAGCGGAGCCUCGCGCGGCGUCGGUGGCCGAGUGUCAGCUGAACCUGCUGGAGCACAUCGAGUCCCUGCACCAGCAGAUCAGCGCCAGGAUGGACGUGAUCGAGAGAGAGCUGGACGUUCUAGAGUCCUGGUUGGACCACUCCGGCGAGCUCGAGCCUCCUGACCCUCUGUCCCGCCUCCCGCAGCUCAAACAGCGAAUCAAACGGCUGCUGUGUGACCUGUGCACCGUGAGGCGCCUGUCGGUCUGCCGCUGACCGCCCUCCCUCUGAACUCUGAUGAGACAAAGAGCGUGAAACUCCGAGUUGACUGUGGUUUGUUUCCCUGCAGUUACAGGACAGCGCCCCCCUGUGGUGGAGAAAAGGUGCUCUGCAACAAGAUGGUGGUUUUUUUUGGUUGUUUGUUUUUAAUACAACGCGACUGCUGAUUUACGUUCCUGAAACGCCUCCAGCAGGACUUGAGAGUCCGUGUGAGCACCAGGCGAGGACGAGUUAGGUCAUUGAUCAGCUGUCAUCCGUCUCAUCGGGACGGGAUGAUGUUUGUCUCCUUGGAGGCUGAACGGACGCGUCGUCUGCCAUCAGCUCGUUGUUUUUCUACCAGCCAGCAUCGAAGUGUAACAACGCACACAAAGGAUUUGGAUAUCGUAUAUUUUCUAAUUGUACUAAUAUUGCCAGUACUAAUAAUUGUUUGUUUUAAAGACUCUUGGAGGGUUUUACAAGGGUUGGUGACCACUAACUGCCAGUUGAACUAGUGCUAGUUAGUCGCAGCAGCUCUCAGAGCUCCUCUCUCUCUCUUUUUUUCAUCGUUUUAUUCACCAAUGAGGAGAGGAAGAACGCUACAAGCUGACUUAAAGGCAAGCUGACUUAAAGGCAAGCUGACUUAAAGGCAAGCUGACUUAAAGGCAAGCUGACUUAAAGGCAAGCUGUAUUAUUUUUAAAUCAUUGGUUCCUUUUUUUUAAUGUUAGGAAUCAGUGCGAUGUGGAGCAACAACAAAACAGCUU